AUGACCUGCUACCGAGGCUUCCUGCUGGGCAGCUGUCGUCGCGUCGCGGGCGGCCGGGCGGCGGCGCUGAGGGGCCCGAGCGCGGGAGGCCCCGCCGCGCGGCCGCGGCUCGGCGGAGACGGGGGCGGCCGGCGGCACCUGGGGCAGGGGCAGCCGCGCGAGCUGGCGGGCUGUGGCAGUCGCCCCGACGGCGGCUUCCGCCCGUCGCGGGUGGUGGUGGUGGCCAAAACCACCCGGUACGAGUUCGAGCAGCAGCGGUACCGUUACGCGGAGCUCUCGGAGGAGGACCUGAAGCAGUUGCUUGCAUUGAAAGGCUCUAGCUACAGUGGACUGCUUGAACGACAUCAUAUUCACACAAAAAAUGUAGAGCAUAUUCUAGAUAGUUUACGAAAUGAGGGAAUUGAGGUUCGUCUAGUAAAGAGGAGAGAAUAUGAUGAAGAAACAGUUCGAUGGGCAGAUGCUGUCAUAGCUGCAGGAGGUGAUGGCACAAUGCUUCUGGCAGCAAGUAAAGUGUUGGACAGACUUAAACCAGUUAUUGGAGUAAACACCGAUCCAGAACGGUCUGAGGGUCAUUUGUGUCUUCCUGUUCGAUAUACACAUUCCUUCCCAGAAGCCUUACAGAAGUUCUAUCGUGGUGAGUUCAGGUGGUUAUGGAGGCAGCGAAUCAGGUUAUACCUUGAAGGGACUGGCAUAAACCCCAUUCCUGUGGACCUUCACGAACAGCAACUGAGUUUGAAUCAACAUAGUAGAGCCUUCAAUAUUGGAAGAGUUCAUGAUGAGAGGUCCGAGGCUUCGGGACCCCAACUUCUGCCGGUGAGAGCACUAAAUGAAGUUUUCAUUGGGGAGAGUCUGUCAUCCAGAAUGUCUUAUUCUUGGGCUGUAGCAGUGGACACUUUAAGAAGAAGUAUACCCACUCUAAAGGGACUGGCUUCCUACUAUGAGAUUUCAGUUGAUGAUGGUCCCUGGGAGAAACAGAAGAGUUCAGGGCUCAAUCUGUGUACUGGAACGGGAUCAAAGGCCUGGUCAUUCAAUAUUAACAGGGUUGCAACUCAGGCUGUGGAAGAUGUUUUAAAUAUUGCAAAACGACAAGGAAAUUUAAGUCUUCCAUUGAACAGAGAAUUGGUAGAGAAAGUAACAAACGAAUAUAAUGAAUCACUGCUCUACAGUCCAGAAGAACCAAAAAUACUUUUCAGUAUUCGAGAACCAAUAGCAAACAGAGUUUUCUCAAGCAGUCGCCAGCGGUGUUUCACCUCAAAGGUUUGUGUUCGUUCUCGCUGUUGGGAUGCCUGCAUGGUUGUGGAUGGAGGAACUUCUUUUGAGUUUAAUGAUGGAGCAAUCGCUUCAAUGAUGAUCAAUAAAGAAGAUGAACUUCGAACUGUACUUCUAGAACAGUGAAGGAUUUCCUCAGAUGAAACAUUUUGAUAAUCGGAAAAAUACUUUCACUGCAGAAACAGACUACCAGUCAUAAAGCUACAUUUUCUGAUGAUUGUUGAGCCUGGUUGGCCCUGGGCUCAAAGGUGACUAAGAAGGUGAAAUUUGUGUUGUUCUUCUGGUGGAUUCUGACGGAAAGGAUGUUCGCUGUGUAAGAAAAUGGAUGGACUAAACUGUUUAGAAUUGAUGCCAGUGAAAUUUCUGUAUGAUUAGUAUCCAAGAGUGCUGAUAUCUUUUAAAUUUAGAGAGGCAGGUUAAAAUAAAGGAUUAAAUGUUUCCUUCCCUUUUCUUCUAACUUUGUGUAAUUGGUCAGAACAAACACACGUCAUUUAAUUAGUGUAUAUUUUUUAUAGAACCUAAAAAUCUAGAUGUAAAAAAAAUUUUGAUGGAGAAUUUUGAUAAAACCUGACAUUGACCUAAUUGAAGUAGGUAAAUGUGUUUUUCUAUGUGCUAAGAAUUUUCUAAUUUCAGAACACAGCGAUAUUAUUAUGACUCUAUUGAUUUAAGAAGUUCAGUCAACCAUUUUUUAAAUUAUUCAGUUUUCAUUGAAUUGAUUCUCAGGUUAAUUUUGGCAAUGCUAGGUGAAUUGAAGUACAUAUAACGAGACAGAAUCACGAUAUUGUUACAAAUGUAUCCCAUAGCUAUUUUAGGUCAUAGACAAUUUUUUUAAAAUGAUUUGAGUCUAAUAAAUUUCUUCUGUAUUUAAAACUCCCUAACAUGGAUUCAAAGACUAAAAGGAUGAAUUGAUUAGACAUAUUCUGCUAGAAGUUUGGUCAAAUCUUUAAAAAGUAUUUUUUAUCUACUUUAUUUUAAUAUCAUGGCCGUUUUCCCCUAGCUCAUAUUCCAAGUUUCACACAUUAGCUUUGGAGGAUAAAAUGUUAUGGCUUUUCUUCCCCUAUGAGAGUUCCUUUAUUUUUGGAGGAAAUUCUUUUUAUCUAAUUCUUGAUCUAUACGUAAUCCUAGACUUUUCACAAAAAGCACCCAUUGCUGCAUCAGGAAACCAUUGGUAGUCUCCUGCCAUUUAUUCAAAGUUAUAUGAUUUUUUUCACUUGCUAUUAAAAAUUUUUAUUCAAUCAUUGAAAUAUUUAUUGAUUUACCCAUUCUGUGCCAUGUACUGUUGUCAACUGCUGGAUAUACAUUGACAAGUGAAAACCUGUUCUGAUAGAACUUGAGUCAAGCGAGCUCAGAAUGAAAUUCUGUAAAAGCUCGGAUGUAGUCAAAGUGAGUACUCUUAGUUGUGCCAACAUUUACCAUGUUCUUGCCAAAUUUUUUAUAUAAAUGUUACUAUACAAAAAUCAUCUAGAUUUUGAUGUACAUCCAGAAUAAGAAUCUGUUUUUCUUUUCUUAGUUAAGAGUAUCUGUAUAGAUAUUCAUUAGCAAACAGUUUACGUGAUGCAUACAGUAACUAUUAGUGUGUGCCCAGAGCUGAUUCUAGUUUCUGGUUUGAUUUAAAAAUAAUCUAGUUAAGAUCUACUUUAUAAAGUGAAAUUCCAUUAUAGGAACUCUCCUAAUAGGUUUAAAAUGACUUGACAAAAAUGCCAACUCCAUCUUUAAUAUUAAGGAAAUCUGAUUGUCCAUAUGGUACCAUAGGUCUGUUAAUAUGUAACAUAUUAAUAGGUAACCUGCUGUGUAAAAUUGUUCAUUAGCCGUAUUUUAAAGGUUUAAAAAUUCUUAAUAUGCUCCAUUUGCAAUAUAACUUCUAAUAUUUCUGCUCUGUGGGGGAAUUUAUUUGUAAGAGAUGAUGAGAGGCAAAGGAUGUUAGAAU